AUGGAAAAAUCGUUCCGCAGGCUCCUGCCCAGGAGAUCACCGAGUCCCAUCACGGAUGCGGCUGCCCCAGAGGGUCUUGCGAGCAUCCAGCAGACACCUACAGGCCGGAGAGCCACCAAGUCGGUACGAGCCGCCUGUGAGUCGUGCCGUCGCCAAAAGUGCAAGUGCGACGGGGAAAGGCCUUCAUGCUCUCACUGUCUUCGUCAAAUGAUAGAGUGCAUGUAUACCACGAAUGCGGGAGAGACGCGGUCCUCGGCCCUCAGGAGGAGAUGCAGCGCGCUUGAGGAGGAGCUCGAGACGCUGCAGAAGCUGGUCCGUCAUAUCCGUGAUAGCCCGCCCGACGAGGCCGAGAGAAUAGUCGCCCACGUACGAUCCGGCGCGCAGGCGGUGGCGGCGUAUCACUCCUACUUUGCGCAGCAAGAUGGCGUCCUCUACGCUUCCGUUGCGGCCGAACCCGACCUGGAGGCCGCGGCUCUUCAGUUGGAUUCCGCCUCGGCACCGUCUCCCGUGCUGAGAAACCGGGUCCAGCUCCAAGCUUACCCUUGGACCUCGAUCGCCCCCGACGACGUUGUCUCCAACCUGAUUGCGCAGUACUUCAUCCUCGAGCGAUCCAUACUCUUUCCCGUCGUUCACUAUGAGAGUUUUACCAACGAAAUGAAGAACGGGGAUAUUGCUAGCGCAACAUGCUGCUCCCCUCUUCUUGUCAAUGCCAUUUGUGCCCAGCAAUGCUUUCUCUCGCCGGGAUACUCCUUGGGAACUAGUGAAAGCCGUCAUCUGGGACAGGGAUUCUUGGACGAGUCUUACAGAUUGCUCCAGCUGAGAGCUGGCCCCGUCACUCUGCCGAUUGCUCAAGCUGUAACAUUGAUAUAUCAAGCGGAGCUUGCCAAGGAGGUCUUUGAUGUUACCUCCGGCGUCUAA